AUGUCAGGACUCGAUGUCGAAGCCCUCCUCGACUCCACCGCUACAAAUGAAGUCAAAGAUUCUCUCAAAGACCACGAUGAUCGUCAUCGCAACGACCGCUCCGAUCGCCGAGAUAGAGACAAAUACCGCGAUGGCUCCCGUGAUCGGGACAGGGACCGCAGGAGACGCGACCGCAGCCGAGAACAUCGACGAGACCGAGAUGAUGACAUGAGAAGCCCCAGAAGCGAUCAUGGCAGUGCUAACGGCAGUCACAGAAGUAGCAGGAGGAGGAGCCGCAGCCGUGAUGAUGACAGAAGACGUUCUAGACGGGACGAUGAUUAUCAUCGUAGACGUUCCAGAUCUCCAGAAUAUGAUCGCUACUACCGACCGGGAGGACGAUCCAAGCGUGACGACGAUGACCGACGUGAUCGAGACCGAGACCACCGACGAUCGGCAAGCCCGAAAAAACGUGUCAAGAGCAAGACUCCCGAACCACAGCUUACUGAGGAUGAGCGUGACAGGAGAACCGUGUUCGUUCAACAACUUGCCGCUCGUCUUCGCACCAAAGAGUUGAUUCAAUUCUUUGAAAAGGUUGGGCCUGUCAAGGAAGCCCAGAUUGUGAAAGAUCGAGUCAGCGGCCGUUCCAAAGGGGUCGGCUACGUCGAAUUCAAAAAUGAAGAGUCUGUUCCGCUCGCCAUUCAGAUGACCGGCCAAAAGCUUCUCGGAAUCCCCAUCAUUGCUCAACUUACUGAAGCAGAAAAGAAUCGACAAGCCCGCAACCCGGAGGCGACGAGUGGCAAUCACAACUCGAUACCUUUCCAUCGUCUCUACGUGGGAAACAUCCACUUCAGCAUUACCGAACAAGACUUGCAGAAUGUUUUUGAGCCCUUUGGUGAACUCGAGUUCGUUCAACUUCAGAAAGAAGAAGGAGGGCGAAGUCGAGGUUAUGGUUUUGUCCAGUUUCGUGACCCCAAUCAGGCUCGUGAGGCUCUUGAAAAAAUGAAUGGUUUUGACCUUGCAGGACGUCCUAUCCGAGUCGGACUCGGCAAUGACAAGUUCACCCCCGAAUCUACGGCAAAUCUCCUUCAACGUUUCCAAGGUCAAAACCAAUCUGGGUUCCAAGGUUCUGCCUUCUCUGGCUCGGGUGGCCGAGGUGCUCUCGCUGGUGGAUCUGGAGGCACUUUUGACCGAGCCGGCGGCCGUGAUAGCGACAAGGGCGCUGGUGGUGCAAGUGCGCUGGACGAUACCGAUGUUGCUGGUGUGAACUUCAAUAAUUACAGCAGAGAUGCGUUGAUGCGGAAACUUGCUAGGACAGAUGAUUCCACUACCGAAUCCGAUGCCAAACGAAAUGCCGUGCCGAAGAAAGAAAGCAAGCCGCUUCCCGUCAACGUGAGCCAAGCCAGCAGAUGUGUUCUGCUCAAGAAUAUGUUUGAUCCCGCCGAGGAAGAGGGCGAUUCUUGGAUCAAAGAACUUGAGGACGAUGUCCGUGCUGAGUGCGAAGACAAAUACGGCCAUGUCGUGCACAUCGCACUUGACCCAAACACUCAAGGCGACAUCUACUUGAAAUUCGAGCGAGUAUCAGGCGGCGAAAAUGCCAUCAAAGGUCUCAACGGCCGAUAUUUUGGCGGUAGGCAAAUUAGCGCGCAGCCCGUCGUUGAUGCCGUCUACAGCAGUUUAUUCUCUCGAACCAAAGCCCUGUGA